CCUGCUCUCCCCGCGCCCCAGGCUCUCCCCGCCCACGUGGAAGUGGAGGAAGAGGGGGCGGGGGCCGAGGGCAGGUCCCCUCCCUCCUACUGACCCAGGUCGGUUUCCUUUCCUGCCAUCUCUGACGGAGCCACUAUGGAGGCCUCGGCAGUUGGUGCGAGGCGCGGGCAGGCUCUCUGGGCAUGCAGGGCCGGUGGGUGACCUGGUUGCUGGCCUGGGCGGUGCUGCAGCUGGGCUGGAGGCCAGGAUGGCUCCUAGAGUCCUCCAACAGGCCCUCAAGCCUCUUUAGCUGCUCCCCAGCUCAGCUCACUGUGCAGGAAGGAGCGAACGCCACCUUCACGUGCAGCUUCUCCAACUGGUCGGAGCACCUGGUGCUGAACUGGUACCGCUUGAGCCCCAGCAAGCAGAACAUCAAGCUGGCCUCUUUCCGCAGUGGCCUCAGUGAGCCUGGCAGGGACCCCCGCUUCCGAGUCACUCAGCUGCCCAGCAGGCUCGACUUCCACGUGAGCGUCAUCUCCGCACAGCGCAGUGACAGUGGCCUCUACCUCUGCGGGGCCAUCUCCCUGUCCUCCAAGGUGCAGAUCCAGGAGACUACAGCUGCAGAGCUCAGGGUGACAGACAGGGUCCUAGAGUCCCCGACACUGGAGCCCCUCCCAGCACAUCCCCGCCCCUCGCCCAGGCCAGCAGGCCAGCUUCCAGGCCUGGUGGUUGGUGUCACGAGCGUCCUGGUGGGUGUCCCAGUGCUGCUGCUGCUGGCCUGGGUCCUGGCCACCACCUGUUCCACAGCCUUGCCAGGGUGUGCUGUGUGCCCCUCUGGGCAGCCAGGGCCAUACACAGCAUCUCUGCCACGUGGAGGGCCACUGCAGCGUCUCUGUCACCGUGCACCAGUGGGAGGCAGAGGCAGGCCCGUCCCUGCCCAGGGAGGAAGUCAUGGCACCCUUCCCUGGACACCCCCUCAGGGUCUGAAAAACCCCAGGCAGGCGAGGAAGCCCCAGAGGCUGGAGGAGCCAGAAGUAAAGAGCAGCCCUUGGAGGAGGCUUCAGAAGUGCCGGUCUCCACCCUGGACUACGGGGAGCUGGACUUCCAGUGGCGAGAGAGAACCCCCACCCCUGAGCCCCCUGCCUCCUGCAUACACACCGAAUAUGCCACCAUUGUCUUCCCUUCAUCCCCAGGCCGCAGGGGCUCAGCAGACAGCCCCCAGGGUCCCCAGCCUUUGAGGCCUGAGGAUGGACACUGCUCUUGGCCCCUGUGACCACUGGCAUCCUGCCAACCUCCUGCCAAGAACCCAGGGCCAGCUCCUCCCUGAGGAAGAGGCAGAGCACCAGGGGCCUCUCAGGGGCCAAGCCACCUGGGUGGUGACCACCAAGCACCCCGUGCCAGCCUUGCCCAGGACCCAUGGAUGGAUGCUCCUCUCCAUGCUCUCCAUGAGCUGGCAGCGGCAGCCCACCGUCUCCCGAUGUGGAGUGCUGGACAUGGCCAUGGCUGCAGGCCUUGUGAGAUAGCUGGCCUGGGCCCAGCUCUUCCAAAUCCUGCUGUUCCAGUCACCGUGGCCCCCACAGCCUCCCAGGGAACCCCAAGCCUAAAGCUGGGGCCUGGUUGCAGAAUGCUGAGGGGCAGGCUCUGGGAGGCACCUCACAGCAAGGAUGUCCAGGCACACAGUGGACACAGCCCUCAGGCUGCCACGGAGGGGCAGUCCACAGAUGGGCCAGGGGCCACAUGCUCGUGGGGCUUAAUGGAGUCUCAGCAAAGCCAGAAGAGAGCUCCUACAGCCAGCAGGGGGGGGGCACAGGGCUCCCACCCAUCGGACCCUCUGCAGGGACCCUCCCACCUCAUACAGGUCCAAGCAGCACCUCGGACUGUCCUCCAGCUGGCUGAAGCAGUGAGGGAGAGGGCAGAGCCAGAGGCCACCUGCCCCAGGGCCCUGCAGCACCCUCCCUGCUCACCUGGAGGACUGGGUCCCAUGUCAGCCAGACCAGCAAGGGCCCCUCCCAGCCAUGGCCAUCCUAGGCAGGAGGAGUGGGGCAGUGGCACGGGCACCCCGGGUCCCCGUGUGUCCUCUCCAGGAAGUCCAGUUCUCCUUGGCUCUCAGUCACAGUGUUUACUUUCAGCAGAUCUUGGCCGGGCUCCCACCAAGGGUGGGCCAGGUGGUCAAGUAUUCCCUGUGCUGGGUGCCCCUACUCUUAUGCCAUCCAGGACAGGGCAGCUAGGGCCUGGACUGACCAGGGCUACCUCUGCAGUCAGGACUUGGGCUCUCUUGUAUUCUAUUAAAUAAUGACAGAAGCCUGGGGCCUCCUGUCCUGCUCACGGAGCUGCGGGAAGGCGGACAGGUCGAGGGGCUGGGCUGAGGCUUGAGGUGGAGGCAGGUGCUGGCCCUCCCGAGGCCUGACUCGAGAAAGUGCCAAAAACACAGCAGCCUUCCUGACCCUCGUCUCUGCUCACACAGCUCCCCAGCUGUGAAAACCUCCAACUGCAGUGGGGAACCCACCCACUCCUCACCCGCAGGCCCUUCCCAGGUCCCCAGUGGGCAGCAGUGUCCCCUGGGCCUGUCAGUCCUUCUCAGGCCCCAUGACCCCUUCCUGGGCAUGUCCCCAGGGUUGGUUGCUGCAGAAUAGGUGGACAACACCAGGCCAUGAGAGAGGGGCCGGGGUGCCUUGGCCAGGAUGCAGAUGUGCCUCCCGCAAGAGUGGAGAGAACCAGCCCGGGGAAGGCAAUUCCUACUCCACACUGGGGUCCUGGCUCAUGACCAGGGACCUGGCAGAUGCCCCUCCCCACCCACUCCUGGCAUGGGGCAGUGGACCUGGCCCAGCUCCUCAGGUGCUGCUACUGCCCACCACUCAGCCCUUGAAGCUCCUCCUGAGCCCACUGCCCUGGGUCCCAUCUGCUUGAGGCCCAUUGGGACCACAUCCAGGACAGGCAAGGAGGUCUGUGGCUCUGGAGACCUGGCAAGACGGAGUGUCCAGCAAGUGCCGGGGCUCUGGGAUGGGAGAUUAGCCUCAGAAACUGCUCUGGCACAUUUGUGGACAGUGUGACAGAAGAAGCCGGACACAGACAUGACAGGGCCAGCACUGUCCUCCAGCCCUGCAAAGCAAACAGACACAGCAGUGAGUUGCUGGGCAAGAUCUGGAUGCGAGGAGCAGGGCGCAGCCUCAGACGUCAGGAGGGAAGACCCAGCCUGGGAGGGUGGGGUCCUGCCUGGCAGUCUAGAAGACCCCUUUCCCAGGGGUCCCUGUGGAAACACCUCCAGGGAUGGGCAACCUGGGGAAUGAGAACUGUACUGGGGACCACAGCUGGCCCUGCCACCAAGAGACCACCCCAAGCUGGCCGGAGUCGCCUCCCGCUGGGGCAGCCCAUCACUGUGGUCUGAGGAGCCCCUGGCUCAGCAGAGAGCAGGAGAAGAGUGACAGUUCACUGUCCCCCAAAGCAAGGAAGAGUCAGAGUCAUGUCAAGAUGACGUGCCAAUGUGAGCAUCGAAAACACCAAAAUCAAACUGACUAAUACACUCUGUUCAAAGAGC